UAUGAGUGGGCAGAUAAGGUGGACAUUCAGACCUAGAGGAAGAAGCGAUGAUGAAGAAUCUUCCCAGCUAGUUGGGCCUGUGGUUCAGCCCAGUGAUGAGCAACCUCAACAAGAGGAACCACCAACUGAGAGUCAGGAUAUUACACCUGGUCAAGAGAAAGAAGGUGAAGGAGCACUUGUGGUUCAAGGGCUUGCCCUGGAAGCUAAUCAACAGAAACUGGCUCAGCCAAAGACUGGGCGUGAGUGUGGUGAUGGUCCUGAUGUCAAGGGGAAGAGACUAUGAAAUCCAGAGCCCAUGAAAAUGCCAGAA